AUGGAUCCGUUCUCCCCCGUUCACCAGCCUGACGAAGGCUACUCGGAAGACCCUCUGAUAUCCCAGGACAGCUCUGCUCUGCCUGCCUCCCUCUCCAGCUUCCAGUCGCCUUCCGACCUCGCCAUGUGGAUGGCACGAAAUACGUCCAUGUUUCCCACAUCCGUUAAAGCCGAACUCACCAUGGCUUUGCUAGAACAGCUCCCGACCUCGACCAUAGCUGGUAUUGUUCAGCGUCUACGCCCGCGACUCUACAUUGACUUCAUUAAUCAUCUUCCCGCCGAGAUUUGUUUGAAAAUCCUGUCGUAUCUCGACCCCGUAUCCCUCGUCAGCGUUUUGCAGACAUGCCGAGCCUGGUAUGAUUUAGCUCUGGAUAGGAAGCUCUGGGAACACCUUUAUCACCUUGAGGGCUGGAAAGUCCUGCAUAAAGAAAUAGAAGCGGAAGAAAAACGAAUCAACGAAAACAUCAACAAUUCCAUCAGCCAGAUGCAGUCUGCUGACGGACCUGUCAACAAGGUCCGCGCCAUCAUGAGCGAUGAUGACGAAGAUUUGGAAAUGGUGGAUAGCGAACGCAUACAAGUUCACAAGGAUAGCAUCCCUGCACAGAGCCUUUUCGGAUCGCCCACCACCUCUUUCUCUUCCAGUCGUCGAGCUAUCACACCCUUAGGCGACAUUGACAUGUCCAAUUACUUUUCCAAAGGAAAAAGUGUAGACAGAAGCUUUGCGUCCAAUGAUGUUCGAGCAAAGCGAAAGGCUCCCGAUAGCAGUCCCGGCCCAGCUAUUCCGCCCGUCAUGGAGCAAGAUUCCACCGCUGUCUUGCGGUCGAAGCUAUGGACUUGGGACUCUUCCAGCUCCAAGCAUCGUCUUAACUGGAAGUACUUGUACAGCAUGCGACGACGCUUAGAGUCCAACUGGGACCUGGGAAAGUUUUCAACAUUUAUGCUCCCUCACCCGGACUACCCCGAAGAGGGCCACCAGGAGUGCGUGUACACUAUCCAGUUUGAUUCGCGAUACCUCGUCAGUGGCAGUCGAGACCGCAGUAUGCGAGUCUGGGACGUGCAGACCGGCAGACUUGCCAGGCCGCCACUCGUCGGGCACCAUGGCUCUGUACUUUGCCUGCAGUUUGAUGCAGACCCGGAAGAGGAUCUGAUUGUGUCGGGCAGCAGCGACUCCAAUGUCUUCAUAUGGAAGUUUUCCACUGGAGAGUUGGUGCAAAGAAUAACCAAAGCGCACAGGGAAUCUGUUCUCAAUGUUCGAUUCGACAAGAGGAUUCUGGUAACAUCAUCCAAAGACAAGACGAUCAAAAUCUUCAACCGAAGGCCGCUACGCUAUGGCGACCUCGGGUACGAACCUGUUAGCUCGGUCGCUCAAACCGUCAAGCUCUACGGAUACGAACCUGACCUCGCACAAGAGCUGCCUAUCAAGCCUGAAUACACCAUGAUCGGACGGUUGGAUGGACAUAGUGCUGCAGUCAACGCAAUUCAAGUCAAGGGCAGGACCAUCGUUUCUGUUUCCGGUGACAGGUCUAUCAAAGUUUGGGACUGGCCAGAUCAAGUCUGUAAGCAAACGAUUCCCGCACAUGAUAAAGGCAUUGCCUGUGUCGAGUUCGACGAAAGACGCAUCGUGAGUGGUAGUAGUGACUACGAAGUCUGCAUAUUCGACGCACCGACAGGUCUCAAAGUUGCCUCCCUUCGAGGACACGCCAAUCUAGUCAGAACAGUCCAGGCUGGUUUUGGUGACUUGCCAUAUAGCAAAAUCGAAGACGAAGCUGAGGCACGGACCGUGGAAGCCGAAUACUUGAAGGCAGUUGAGGCUGGGGAACUGGGUUGCGAGGCUGAUCGGCGCGCGGCUCGUCGAAGUCGCCGUGCCACCGCUGGUAGCUCCAAACCUGAAGACGUUCAAGUCUUUGGUGCCAAGGUGCCUCCAGGAGGCGGUGGUGGCCGCAAGUACGGCCGCAUUGUGUCAGGCUCCUACGAUCAGAGCAUCAUUAUCUGGCGACGAGACAAAGAAGGAGUUUGGAGGCCUGCACACCACCUGCGACAAGAAGAAGCGGCAGAACUCGCUCAGAGCCAACACGUCCAAGGCACGUCCGCCAUGCAGGUUGCUAUGCGAGCUGCGCCGGCAAACCUUCCAAGUCAUGGUGCAGCGGCCGUUGUUCACCAAGGCAUAGCCCAACCGCCCCAACAACCGCCUGAAUUUACCUCUGGCAACCAGCGCGUUGCGGGCCUCUACAUGGCCUAUAUCGACCAAGUCGUUCCUGCAGGCGUUGCUGCGCUCGAGCAUGCUUUGACGAAUUAUCCGGCCAUGCUUGGGUUCCACACGUAUCUACAGUCUGCGAUCGAAAGAGAAGCGUCGCCACACUUACGAGUUCAGCUGCGCCAAGCCGUGACAACUGCGCUGACCAAUAUCCAAAAUGGUCGCGUCCAACGGCCUAGGCGCGAGCCUUCCACCACCGCCUCAGCAUCUUCAUCUACUGGUGCAAUUGCCGGAUCGUCAAGCGACAGCACUGCUGGUAAUCAAAGCCGGAGGGCUGAAGUAUCAUACUCGGCCGCAGAGUCAUCCGUCGUGGCGCAAUCAUUACAGCCAUCACAGCCACAGCAACAAAGCCAGCAAGGUGGGCAGGCGGCCUCCUCGUCUUCAAGUGCAAGUCAAAUUCAUGCUCCAGUUCCAACUUCAGCUGUGCCAUUUCAAGCGGGGCAGGCUGCGACUCCCGCCCAUCACCAUCACCACAGACAUCAUCACCACCACCCGCAUCUUACGCCCGCCGAGAACGCGCCAGCCCGCGUCUUCAAAUUGCAAUUUGAUGCUCGCAAGAUUAUUUGCUGUACGCAGUCGCAAAUAAUUGUAGGAUGGGAUUUUUGCAAUGGUGACAAGGAAUUGCAAGAGGCUUCACGAUUCUUCGCUACCAUUGACUGA